UCGACUUGUAGUUCCUCAAGGAACACACUGAAUUGCAGAGGAACCGUGUCACUGCAAGUUAGUAGUCUUACAAUCCGAGUAUGUCAUAUCGGAUUGAAGUGCUCCGGGUAAUCAAGAGGCAAUAAAGACGAUUUCGGUUUAAACAUUCGGGCAAGUUUCAUAACUUUUGAACUAACAUCGAAACAAGCGCAAUGAGUUUGAACGAGCACUCGCUUCAAGCUCUUUCAUGGAGAAAACUUUACUUGAGUCGAGCCAAACUUAAAGCGACCAGCCGAACCUCCGCUCUGCUCUCCGGCUUCGCUAUGGUGGCGAUGGUAGAGGUACAGUUGGAAGAAGAUCACAAGUACCCUCCUGGCUUAUUAAUUGCCUUCAGUGCCUGCACAACAGUGCUGGUAGCUGUCCACCUCUUUGCCUUGAUGAUCAGCACCUGCAUCCUGCCCAACCUGGAGGCUGUGAGCAAUGUCCACAAUCUUAACUCCAUAAAAGAAUCACCACACGAGCGAAUGCAUCGCCACAUCGAGCUGGCCUGGGCCUUCUCCACCGUCAUCGGUACACUCCUCUUCCUUGCAGAGGUGGUCCUUCUCUGCUGGGUGAAGUUCCUCCCUCUGAAGAAUAAAGAGCCAGGCCCUAAUGAACCUACAGUACCUCCAGGUAUUAGCCCAGGAGAAGCUGCUGCAAUCGCCUCCACCACCAUCAUGGUGCCCUUUGGCCUGGUGUUUAUUGUUUUUGCGGUGCAUUUCUAUCGUUCGCUGGUCAGCCACAAAACAGACCGGCAGUUCCAGGAGUUGGAGGCUCUAUCCAACAUCACACGGCUGCAGAACGAGCUGGAUCACAGGGGGGAGGCCUCCAAUUUGCAAUCCUCUUCAGCACAUUUUGCCUAGUGUAAGCACUUUCGAUUGUUCUCACACCAAAUACUUCCUUAUAAGGGCCAUCGUCACCAAUGAUUGGACACAAGGUGGUGAGAAUUAGGAUCCUUCAAUGCAAUAAAUUAUGAUAGCAUCACAAUAUGUUGGUCACAGCAUGAUACAUAAUGCUGUUCUUUUUGUGUGUGUUUUGUGUUUCAGUACACCAAGUAUUGUGAAAUAUUGCAUCUUUCUUAUUUUUUUCCCUAUUUGACUACAACAAGAUCAUAGCUUGUUUUCUGCAGACUUAAGUGAACACAAACUUGAUUUGAACACGGAUAGAGAAUCUGAAAUUUGUGCCACCGUGUUUUACAGUACUUAAAAACUUAUGAAGCAAUUCACAUUGUUGUUACAAAUAAAAAGGUUAGAGGCUUGAUAUGGGAAAAUAAUCAUAAAAAGGCUUGGCAUCAGUGUAUUAAUUCAGUUUCAUGACAAAAGAAUGAUAUGUUAUACUGUUUUGAUCCUUCCCCGUGCUUUUAACUGUCUAUUGUGGACCUACCACACAUGAUUCAUUCACUCUCAGUGGAGGAUGCUUCCUCCUGGGGAACACAAGGUGUUUAAAAUUGCAGAAUUCAAAAGAGCAAUCCCUGAAAAAUAAAAUAUUUUUAGAUCUUUUUCUUACUGAGUAGGUAGUUGGCUGAACAUUGCUGGCAGCAUAAUAGCAGCAGCUGUUUGGCUGAAUGUCUUAAUGUAAUUUCAUAAAUUGCACUUUUUUUUAUUAAAUCUAUCUAUCUAUCUAUCUAUCUAUCUAUCUAUCUAUAUAUAUAUAUAUAUAUAUAUAUAUAUAUAUAUAUAUAUAUAUAUAUAAUUUUUUAUUUUUAUUUUUAAGGCCAAACUCUUAGACCCAAACAGAGUAAGCAAAGCACAUUUUUCUGUAUUAUGUAAAUAAAUUGUUUAUUUUUUCAGGUUAAUUGCAUAGGUUACAACGGGGAUAAAGGCCGUUUUGCUUUUGGUCACAAAAUGUAUCAAGGUAAAAAAAAAAAAAAUUGAUGGAGUAGAUACCAGGGUAUAGUUAUAGGGCACAAUUUGUCAACUAAUGCAAAUCAUUUUAAAACAGCAAGAAUCAUUUUUGAGUAACAAAUUAAGAUGAUGCUUACUCCAAAUAACUACUUAUGAAAAAGUCAACCAUUUCCUGUUCAUUUCCUGGCAUUUUAUUACAUCUCAAGUAUUCUAUAAACAAACUGAUCUCUUUUGUGAUUGGAUCAGUCAUGUGAGCCCACUUUGAACAUUUUUCAUAACAAAUCUAUUCACCCCACUUGAGAAAAACAAAAACAAAGUGUUUAAUAGGGGCCUUUAGCCUGUGCAACAGGGGGGCUUUUUACCCCAAAUACUAUCCUUUCACUUAUAGGACAGUUAUUGAAAAAUGUUUGAUUUAAUGACCUUAAACAAAACUGAAAAUGAUAAAUGAGUAUUUUGUCUCAAAAGAAAUGUGUUAAUUUCAGGGAUUGUCAUUAACUACAUAAAUUUGCAACAUUUAAAAAAAUUAUAAAAAUUAGAUCAAAUUGCCUCAAAAUCAAACUUUAGACAACACACGCAAAGAUCUCAUGGAUCAGGAGAAUUUUCCAGUGUAUAGUGCAAACAGCUAGGAAAGUGCGGUGGUAGUUAUUGUUGCUAUUUAGCAUUUUGGGAGGGAAAAAAAUCAAUGGAGCAUUUUACCCCACGGAGCCUUUAGCCCUGUUGUACCCUGUGUGUCCAAAAAAACAAAAAAACAAAACAAAACAAAAGUAGUCUAAAUAUGUUUCCAACACUGUGCAAUUAAUUUUAAAGUGUGUUGACAUGUCUUGAAGUUGAAAUAUUAUUAUCAUGGCAAUGACCUACAUUUUUAUACUUAAUGAUUUUUAUCUUAAAUGUAACUUUAACAUGCAACAGAGAUAUUCUGAAGCCUCAUGUUUCUGUUAUCCCCUGUGAUCAGAAAACCAAAACCAAAAUACAUUAAGACCUGUCUUAAAGAGUGAAUCUUUACAAAUGACAAUAGUACUGAAUAUAUCUUAUAUCUUGUGCUGUUACUAUAGUUGCUUAAUAAUGUUUAUUUUUGUAUUUCAAACUGUACAUUGAAUGAUACAGAAGUAUAUUAUUGAUUAGUCUUGUACAAGUCUUUUUAUGGUCUUAAAAUAAGUAACUGACUUAAAUAACAUUAACUGAUCAAACAAAACUAUAUAAUAUACAGGCCUGUACAAUAAAUAUCAUUAAAAAAAAAAAGAAAAGUCAGAACACCUGAAUAUUUUUUCACAAUUCACAAAGACUUUAUUUUCCAAUACAUUUGAUUGUUUUAAACUUGUAAUCUGUUGCUAUAAACUUGGCAAAAAAUUAUGGUUGAGAAGAUUGGCUCAUUCAUAAGCAAUACGCAAUCAACAAAAACUAAAUACACACAACAAAUGGCUAAAGAUACAAUGCACAAUUUAUGAAACAGGAAGCAGACUGUUUUCUUGAGAUUUUAGAUUCAGUGCUAAAUACUGGGGUUGUACUUCUGUGGAUUGCAUCUGUAAAAGUCCAUGUCCUUUGGUGGGAAUGCAGAUAUCCCAAAAAUGAGUCUUUUGUGUAUUGGAAUUUCAGAGCAACCUAGCCUAAUCAAUGGAGGUUUAAUAGAGAUUUAGAGUAAUUUUUUCCUGAUUUUAUUAGAUGCCAUGUCAUCAUGUCAUAAGUAUUCUUAGUUAAUCCAAACGGUUUAUGGCUUCAACAAACUCGCAAAAUUUCACUUUUCUCUGUCCUUGUCGGUUAGGCCUACUUGUCAAAUAGAAUGCAAGGAUUUACAAAAUAAAAAGGUACAAAGGCUUAUCAAAGAGUUGAGUUUGUCUUAUUGUGUAUGAAAACAUUUGAGUGGAUACAGGGUCAACUAAUCUUUAAGAAUGGCACAAAUGGUAUUAUUACACAUUAAAAUGUACACAACUGCUCGUCUCAAGCUUGAAUUUGCCAGAAGGUUAUGCAGGCACAGUUGCUUAUCAGAAAUGAUAUAGAGAAUAUUUCAAGGCCAUGUUGCUUGUGGGAACAUAUUUUAAAGGGAUAGUUCACCUAAAAAUGAAAAUUAUCUCAUCAUUUCCUCACCCUCAUGACAUCUCAGAUGUGUGAAUUUCUUUCUUCUGCAAAACAGAAGAUUUGAAGAUUUUUAGAAUAAUGUGUCAGCUAUGAAGCUAAAAAAAUCACAUAAAGGCAGAAUAAAAGUAAUCUAUAUGACUCCUGUGGUUACAUCCAUGUGUUCAGAAGCGAUAUGAUAGGUGUGGGUCCUUUUCUACUAUAAAUCUCUACCUUUGACUCGGUCGAUUGGAAUGCAUCUUAGUGUGCCCCGAAGUGGACUUCACACGGUAUUUAGCCAUCUAUGGGAGAUUCCAAUCCGAAGGGAAUAAUGUUCAGUUGGAAGGGCACUUCAAACAGCAUAGGGAAUCCACAAUAUUCUUAGUGAGUCCACUGUAUUUCUCUAGGUGGGGAGAAUUUCCGGUUGGCUAGCGGAAGUGCGAUUGGUUGGCGUUUUGUGUGUUGCCGUCUCUGCUUGCUUAUGUGUCAUGCGGUUAGAUUCUUGCUUUUUAAAUGUUGUAAGAUGUCUUUAAAAUUUCCUGGACAAUGUGUGCAGUUAAGGAAUUAUCCUAAUAAUCAAGCGAAACUAAAGUUUUGUCUAAAACAGUAAUGUUAAGAUCAGAAACAGCUCGCAAAGCAAAGCGCUCCAGCCCCAGAUGUUGCUUCUUCCGUCAGCUGCCUACAGAAGAAUUGAUUUAUGAACAUCUGUUUGAAAAAGCUUGGAAUAAUUUGUUUGUCUACAGGGAGGAUUACUUAUAUUAUACACUGUUGCAGUCCGGCUACGAUAUAUGUCAAGAAACGGAGUGCAAUGAAUUACAUAAUCAAUAGCAUUAUUAUGCUAACAGGUGUGUGUACAUGUGCUGAAAGUUCAUUAGAAAUUUUGAGGGUUUGUUCAUUUCUAUUCAGCGUUGGCCUUUGUGAAUGCUUCAUGUGUUUUGAAAUGGCAUUAUUACUGAGUAUAAAAAGGAACAGUGUUUUUCCUGAACUGUCUGUGAGUAGAGACGAUGUUUUCAACUGUUUUCAUGCUGUGAUGCUAAAUGGAUAAAUUCUACAGGUGAAGACUAUAAUUAUUAGAUAAGACAUGUACAAUAGUGAAAUGUUUUAUCACGUUUGAAAUUAAUUGUAAUUAUGAUUUCCCCCUUUCCUGCAUUUUUCCUGCCUGCAGUUCACUUACUUUUGAGUGUCUUUGCAGAAUGUGCAUGUCUUCUCUUAAGGGGAAAAGGUGAUUUGGUAAACAGUGUGGACAUUAAUUCAGUGUCAAUUCAAUUUAUUUGUACUGUGCUUUUAAUAAUACAUACUGUUUUAUAGUUGCUUUACAGAGAACACUGGACUUUUGUGUACAAUGUUUAUAAUGUAUGUCCAAAUAAAUAUGUUUAUUUGUA